AUGGCUACCGCCACCCUCGCCGAGCAGCCAGAGCUCGUCGCCAACGAUGUCACACGUGUCGCUUCACCCGAAGACCCCGAGAAGAAGCCAGGCAGCGACCUCGAGGCUCAUACCGGCGACGAUGGAUACCUCUCUGGUGUCCGUCUAUUCCUCGUGUUUAUUGGGAUGCUACUAACAGUAUUCCUCUUCGCCCUCGACCAAUCUAUUGUUGCGACAGCCAUCCCAGUCAUCGUCUCGGACUUUCACUCCUUCACAAAGGUCUCGUGGAUUAUCACUGCUUACUUUCUCACGCAAUGCUCCUUGAUCCUCCUCGUCGGACAAUCCCUCCGCUCUCUCAAGGCCAAAUAUGUCCUCCUGGGCUCUCUGUUCUUCUUCGAACUCGGGUCUCUCAUCUGUGCGGUCUCUAAGAGCAUGGAUGUGCUCAUCUUUGGACGCGCCAUCCAAGGCAUUGGUUGCUCUGGCAUGUUCACGUGCUCUAUGCAGAUUAUCACGGUGAUCACGCGCGUUCAGCAGCGUCCGACUUUCAUGGCAGGUCUAGGCUUUGCUUUCAUGAUUUCGUCAGUCAUUGGCCCUCUACUCGGAGGUGUCUUCACUCAACAUGUUACGUGGCGUUGGUGCUUCUACAUCAACCUGCCAUUCGGAGGUAUCGCUGCCGCCUCGAUCGUCUUCCUCCUUCCCGCUCGUGAACCCGUCGAAGACGAGAGCACGAAACACCUCUCGCUCUGGCAACGUUUGGCUAGACUCGACUACCUGGGCUCUGGACUGAUCCUUGCCAUUGUCACGUGCCUCCUCCUCGCUCUUCAGUGGGCGGGCAACGAGUAUGCCUGGAGCAAUUGGCGUAUCAUCCUCCUUUUCAUCCUCGGCGGAGCCAUCAUCGGGCUCUUUAUCGGAUGGAACUUGCUCCUUGAGAAGAAGUAUCACCGAGCCCUCGUUCCCCUCACCAUUAUGCACAAUCGCACUUUGGUUCUCGGUUCCCUUUCGCUGGCUUUCACCAUGUUUGCCUUCCUCGGUUGUAUUUACCAGGUCCCUCUCUACUAUCAAGCCGUCCGACACCACUCGCCCACCAAAGCCGGGAUUGAUCAAUUACCAUUCAUGAUUUCCAGUGUCAUCGCACUUGCUGUGUCUGGUGGUGUCGCCCAGUCGACCGGUCGAUACUGGUACAGUUUGAUUAUUGGUCCAAUUCUCGCUGCGCCAGGUCUGGGUCUCCUCUACUCUGUCACCGCCGAAACAUCUUCAGCAAAAUUGAUCGGUUACCAGAUCAUCGCUGGUGUUGGACUCGGAUGCUACUUCCAGAAUCUCUUGCUCGCGGUUCAAGCCGAAUUUGCCGACAAGAUCAUGUGGAUGCCCAACGCCGUUGGAUUCCAGACAUUCUCCCAAUUGGCGGGUGCGGCCCUCGGUAUCGGUAUUCUCAACUCUGUCCAAUCCGUCUUCCUCAACAGAGAGCUUCACCGACUCGCCCCUGAUGCGCCUUUCGAGCUCGUUCGUCAAUCCGUCUCGGCCAUCUACACCCUCCCUGAGGCCAUGCAACCGCCAGUCAUCGAGGCGUAUGUCAUCGCCAUCUCGAGGAGUUACAUCCCCGGUAUUGCUGCCGUUUGCUUGGCGUUACUUUGCAACAUCUUCAUUGCGAACCAUGACCUCAAGACCAGGGGACUCGAGGGUACGGCGAUCGCUGCUUAG